AUGGUCAUCGACACUGGUGCAGUGGUGACCGUAAUGCCUGAUUCUGUGUUUUAUAAAAAAUUUCAGGAUAAUUUGCCAAUAUUGGAAUCUUCUGGUAUUAAAUUAAAAACCUAUACUGGUGAAAAAAUCAACGUUGUUGGUGAGUUUAAGGUUAACGUCACAACUGAACAAGGAGAUCUACAGCUACCUGUGGUCGUUGUGAAAAAUACGGGACCGCAACAGCCUACGCUCAUGGGGCGUAAUUGGAUUGAGAAGAUCAAAUUGGACUGGAGUGGUGUGAAGCCUACACGCAGUGAAGACUUGACGGUGCACCAGCUUGGAAAUGGUGAGUCCGUUCCAAAUAUUAUUUCAGAUUUUAAGAAGAGAUAUUCCGAUGUUUUUGAUGAAUCAAUCGGGGAAAUUAAAAAUAUUUCUGUGGACAUUGUUUUGAAAGAGGAUGUCAAGCCUGUGUUUUGUAAAGCACGAAACGUGCCUUAUGCACUCAGAUCUGCAGUCGAGAAUGAACUCGAAACCUUGCAGAAAAAUGGGGUAAUUUAUCCUGUGCUACAAUCGUUAUGGGCAACACCUAUAGUAGUUGUUCCAAAGCCGAACAACAAAGUAAGGCUUUGUGGGGAUUUCAAGGUCACUCUAAAUCCAAAUAUUAGGACGGACCACUAUCCUCUUCCGAACCCCGAAGAUAUUUUUUCCAGUAUAGCAGGUGCUAAGUUGUUCACUAAACUAGAUUUGUCCGCUGCGUACAAUCAACUUAGAAUAAAUAAACCUUCACAGGAAUUACUGACAAUUACCACACACAAGGGAUUGUUUCGCUUUGCUCGCCUCCCGUUUGGUAUCACGAGUGCAGGUGCACUUUUUCAACUAACAAUGGACAAAAUCCUACAAGGAUUAGGGAAUACCAAGGCGUAUUUAGACGACAUUUUGAUCUACUCCCAAAAUGUCAAGGAAAUGACUCAAAGAGUCGAUGCGGUUUUGCAUCGUCUCCAUGAAUAUGGCGUGAAAAUUAACUCAAAUAAAAGUGAGUUCUUCAAGGAUCGUAUCACGUUCCUAGGGCAUUGCCUAGACCAACAAGGCAUCCACCAAAGCAAGGCACUUACGGAUGCAAUCGUAAAUGCACCUAAACCUGAAAAUGUAUCGCAACUAAAAUCAUACCUAGGUCUGCUCAACUACUACGGAAAAUUCCUGCCUAAUCUGUCCACUCUGUUACAACCUCUCUAUAAACUGCUUCAAAAUGAUGUAAAAUGGGAAUGGUGUGAUAAGUGCCAAAAUGCUUUUGAAAAUAGUAAAAAACUCUUACUUAAGAACAAUGUACUCAUGCCGUAUGAUCCUAAACUAGAUAUUGUCGUAACUUGUGACAGUUCGAGCUAUGGAGUAGGAUGUGUUUUAGCUCAUCAAUUACCAGAUGGUAGGGAGCGCCCAAUCGCUUUUGCGAGUCGCACUCUGACUAAGUGCGAGAUCAAGUACAGCCAAAUUGAGAAAGAGGCGCUCGCGCUCUUAUUUGCUGUGAAGAAAUUUCAUAAUUUUUUGUAUGGACGCAGAUUCACCUUAGUGACCGACCAUCGACCACUAAUCUUUCUUUUGGGUCCAACCAAAGCAGUACCAACCUUAGCUGCGGCCAGAGUUCAAAGGUGGGCCUUAACGCUCUCUGCGUAUGACUACACCAUCCGUUACAAAAGGGGAGUUGAAAUAUCCAAUGCUGAUUGCCUCUCACGCCUUCCGUGUGACAGCAGCACUAACAAUGACUUAGGCCUAGAGGAAGGUGAAGUAAAUUUUUUCAGCAAUGUAGACCAGCUGCCUGUGACUCAUAGGGAGAUUGGAUUGGCUACCAAGUUCGACCCAACACUAUCAAGAGUCAUGGAAUACACAACUAAUGGAUGGCCUAAUCAUACAGAAGAUCCGGCUCUGAAACCUUACAUGGACAAAACCUUACAACUGUCUACUGAGAAAGACUGCCUUUUAUGGGGGAGUAAGGUGGUGAUUCCACCAACACAUCGGAAGGAGGUUCUUUUAAUGCUUCAUGCUGAACACCCGGGAGAAUCCAAGAUGAAGGCACUUGCAAGAAGCUACGUCUGGUGGCCAAAAAUCGACCAGGAAAUAGAGGAAAUGGUGAAAGAAUGUAAGAUUUGCCAAGUUACAAGAAAGUCAGCAACCGUAGCACCACUUCAACCGUGGUCCUGGCCGAAGCAUAAUUGGCAGAGGAUUCACCUUGACUUUGCUCAGUAUGAAGGCAAAGAUUUUUUGUUGAUAGUGGACAGUCACUCAAAAUGGAUCGAGGUAUUCUUUAUGUCAUCGACAACCUCUAACAAGACAAUCGAAAAACUACGUCAUUGUUUCGCAGCCUAUGGUUUACCUUGUACCGUGGUCACCGACGGAGGCCCUCAGUUCACAUCAGCUGAGUUCAAGGAGUUUUUGAGGUCCAAUGGGGUACACCAUGUGUUUUCGCCUCCAUACCAUCCACCAUCGAACGGAUUGGCGGAAAGAGCUGUCCAGACGGUCAAAGAUGCCUUUUUGAAACAAAUGCUUCACGACUCGGCCCAUAAGACAAAUCGAACCUUGCAACAUCGCAUAGAUUCAUUCCUGUUUUCUUAUCGGAACACUCCACAUUCUACAACUGGAGUCACACCAUCCGAAGCCUUUUUCAAAUUUAAGCCAAGGACACAUCUCAGCCUUUUAAAACCGCAUCUGGCUAACGACAUGAACUUAAAGCAAGAUAAAAUUGUAAGAUCUGCUAAUGCUCAUAGAGGCAAACCACGCUCAUUCAAUGUUGACGAUCAUGUGUUAGUUCGAACCGUCCGAAAUGAAAAUAUAAAUUGGCACUCUGGUGUGAUUACUAAAGUCAUUAGCCCAAUGACAUAUUUGGUUAGAGUUGAUGGUAAAACCAGAUUUGUUCAUGUUGACCACCUGCGUACGGACGACACCAAAGAAGAACAACCAGAUGAUGACGACAUAAUUGUAAGUUUUCCAAGGGAAAUCUUUCAACCGAGUCCAGACAGAAAAAAACCAUCAGAAAUAGAAACACCACAAAUGAAACAUAAAUCACCAGUCAAGACUCCAGUUACGUCUCCCAAGAAAACAAACAUAAACCCGGACAAGACUUAUGACACUGAGGCUGUGCGUCGAUCGCAGAGGGUUCGACGCUUACCUCACAGAUUUAACUUGUAA